CGAAGGUCCGCUGAUAUAAAUCAAUGCGGACGGCGGAUAGAGUGAUUAGGCACGUCAAAUGGCUUUCUUCUGGGUUGGACUUUUCUUGACCCUCGUGCGGCUUUGCGCCGCCCGGGGUCCUUUUCUCAAAUCCCUGAACAACACCUACCACGUCAUCGGAAAUGACCUUUGGAAUAUCACACAAGGUCCGACGUACGGCAAGAAACUCUACUACAAAGGACAGGACCUGAUUGGUGAUGCCGUCGGCCAUUACACCGGUUAUAACGGCGAGAGCAAUCUUGUCUUUACGUCCGCAGAGAUAUUUGCCAAGGGUGAUGACUACAUUGAUGUCCGCUUCAAUGCUACAGAAGGGGAAUUGCACUGGGUUAUUUUUGAUGAUCUGCCCGGCGCCUAUCAGUACUUUGUCAACCGAGCGCUCCCGGUCCUUGGUGUGUUCCGGACUUUGGUGCGAUUGGACAACCAGACCUUCACUCAUGGCCGGACCAACAUCAAAGACGAUGCUUUUCCCGCCCUAGCGGAGAUUCGGGCCGGGACAAAUGUCCAAGAUGAGACGUGGGAAAAAGCGGAUGGCACUUUCAUCACUAAAUAUGACUGGAGUGACUUCAUUCGAAGCAUUGAUUACUAUGGAGUUUAUGGAGAGGGCUUUGGUAGUUGGUACAUCAGGCCUGGCACGGAUUACUUCAACGGUGAUCACCUGAAGCAGGAGCUCAUUGUACACCGGGAAUCCUCCACUGGCGAUACCGUUCAACUCAAUGUCGUUCAUGGCACACACUUCAUGGCCUCGUCUGCCGAUGCCUUUCCCAACGGCAAAAUAUUUGGCCCUUGGCUUUGGUACUUGAACGAUGGGUCCAAGGAGGAUGCUGCUGCACGACAAGAAAAGGAGUUUGCUUCCUGGCCUUAUACCUGGCUCCAAGACGCCGCCUACCAGUCGCGCGUCGAGUCCAUCAGCGGCAAAAUCGUUCUUUCUGACGGACGUCCAGCGGCUGGGGCAGCUGUCUUCCUUGGAGACAACAACCCGAACGAGACAUCGCUGGACCAAGGGCGGUACUACAACUACGCGACGUACGCGGACGACACAGGCGCAUUCACAUUCGAACACGUCAGGACGGGGACGUACGGGCUACAAGCAUGGUCCAACGGCGGCCUGCUCUCCAACGUGACGUCGACGUUCCUCCAAAACGACGUCGUCGUGUCGACAUCCGACAGCACCUCGCUCGACACCCUGACGUGGACCAUUCCCGAAAACCGCAAGCAGAUCUUCCAAGUCGGCGACUUUGACCGCAAAGCCCUGGGCUUCAAGAACGGGGGCUCGGCAUACCAGCACGGGCUCGCGGCGUCCUCGCCCGCCAAUCUCACCUUCACUGUCGGCACCAGCAAGACCGAGGAGUGGUAUUUCGCGCAGUCGGCCAACGGCACCUGGGACAUUGUGUUUGAGGUCGACGAGGUGCCUGCGAGCGGCACGGCGCUCUUGUCCGUCUCGUUGGCGGGCUACUCCAAGGGCGUCAGCUCCAACAUCUAUGUCAAUGGGCUGCAGAACCAGAUUGGCAACUUGACGAAUAACCGUAUCCCCAGUGAUCCGGCGCUCUAUCGCUCUGGGACUACGGCUGGCGAGUGGCAUCUCUAUGAGUUUGAGUUUGAUGGUCCAGAGUUGUUGAAGCAGGGCGAGAAUACGCUCAGUUUUGUCGUGGACCAGACAACGCUUUGGCGUGGGUUUUUGUGGGAUAGUGUUAUAUUGGAGUGGGUUGAUUGAGGGCUUGGUAGGCAUUGUACAUGUCUAGCCGGGUGCUGGAAUCGUUUCUGGUUACCUGGCUUUGAAAUGGCCUGGCUAUUUGCUCGUCCUUGACAUUUGUUCGCUCCUUAACCGUGUAUUCAAUAGAACUGCUGUGCC